UUUGAGGGCAGCAAUGGAAAAGGAAGAAGGUUGGCAGGAUGCUGCCUAGCAUUGCCUUUGUGCAGCCACAACAGGGUCUCGUUUACCUUUUAGUUCCAGAGCCUCAUGUCUGCUACUGUUUACCUGCAGAGCAUGCUUAAUUAUCCAGCAACCCCCUUUCCUAUUGCGAGGGGAUCAGACUGCCAUGUCUACCUCUUGCUUAAUUGGCUGGAAGCCAUUUAUGCAGCUGAUAAAGCAGUAUCUCUAUAUGACUUAUUUGCAGGCAAGUCAUUUGUUACUUAAAUUAUUGUUUCACCUUGAGGCCCUAGUUGUAGCUCAGGACUGCAUAUGAUAUUGAAUUAGCCUUGACUGAACAUGCAAUUCCUUCCCAAAAUGCAGGUGAAAAGGCUGAUAAUGUCACUCUUCUGGACGUACACUGUGGGAUGUCUCCUAAGUCUCUUUACUGCAAGCAUUGCAAUCAGUAUACUGCAGCGUGGCUGACUGCCAGCUCCUGAUCUAACCAUCACUUUUGUAUAGCUCACUGCUAAGGUUCUCUAGCGGAUUUCUUCUCCUGGAAACUAAGCCUCCCCUCUUAAUAAUUUUUGCCAAAGAUAUCAGGAUUUCAUAGGGUCUGGUUUUGAGCACAGACAAUUGGGCUGAGUGUAAAUAGUUCCCUGCACACGUGCAUGGGAACUCUUACCAUGUGGUGGACAAGUGCAGAGAAGAUACAGAGCUGAGUUAAUGUGUCUGGGCAAAUGCACUCUGGGAUGAAGAGCAGAUGUAAGAAACUUAAUAUGUACCGUAGCUGAAAUUGAAAAUGUGCUUGUAAAACGCCUAUAAAAUUGACUCUCUACUUGUUACUGGCUCUGUUCUUUGCCCAAGUCCAGUAGGAUCUCAGCUGUUGAAGAAGUUAUAUCCAUGCAAUUGCUUUGAAAGUCCAAGAAGUUCAUUCACCAUCCUGUCUCCCUUCAUCAGUCUCUUCCAAGAUCAUCCCAGUGCCUAUUACUACCUUAUGGAUGUUGUUACCAGAAUCUUGCUGUGAUUGGCAAAUAUUCAAAGUGUUCUGCUGCCAUAAGCAGAUACUUACUUUGAUGAAGGACUUCUGAUGGCAAACAUACAUGUCCUGUUUGAGUUCUCUAUGUGUCGAGAUGAUUUCUUCAAGUUCAGGGAAGGAGUUUAAAGACCAUGAUAGAGAAUUCUCCUUUCUUUAACAACUGAAUAUCAGGGUGGCUGUCAUUCUGCCAAGAGCUCCCAGAAGAAUGAUACUGUCUUCAAAGAACAGGAAUUUCAUGGAAGAAGUUUGUCCUCGUUGCAACUUCCCCACCCCUGGGGCACAAUGGCUCACUUUCCAUUUUCCCCUCUUUUGGCCAAAGAUCUGUGAAAAUGAGAACUAAACUAGUUGCUGAGUGAGCUAUAGCCUGUCCCAUUUGUUUUGGGGUGCUUUGAGCAAUGUUUGAAGGCAGCAUGGGAAAAGCUGAGUUAGCUCAGAGUGUCUUGGUUGGUGCCAGCUAGCUACAUUCUCUCAAUGGGAAUGCAGAGGAGGGUAGAGAAAGAUGAGUUAUGGAUGAAAUUAAUAUUCUGGUUUGCAUCUCUCUUCAGUUAAGACACCAUGUGAUAGGGGGCACUGAAGCAGGAGUAGUUCCUGAAGGACACAGGAAUGUUCUUGAGGUGUGCUCCGCUGUCGGGAUAUCCUAGCAAACAGCAUCCUUGAGGAUGGUAACUUAUAACAAAUGCAAUAAAAAAACAAAUGACAAGAAGUCUGGGGACUAAGUUCCACUAUCCUGAAAGCGACAGGGCUCUGUUCCCUUCCUAUUUUUAGAGCAGAAUGCUUUCACCUGGAGGAGGGGAGGCUGCAACCAGUCAAAGAAUGCAUGCAAGACACAUGAACAAGUCCUGUUGCUCAAGAGGAUGCAUUUUUUUUUUUAAGCUGGCAAGCUGGCUGUUAAAGACAGACCAAUAACAAGGUUUGGUUCCAAUUGCUCUGGCUGCUGGAGGUAUCUGUGAACUUUGCAUUUCUCUGAUAAACUCUAGAAAUAGUAGUGGACUAUUAACCAAGUCCUGUACUGUUCAAAGUAGUCUCCUAGGGUAGGAGGUUAAUACUAAGCCAGCGACACGUGGUAUACCUUGUAUGUAGAGGGAAAGGAACUAACGUGCUUUGGUGGAAAAACCGUCUUCUGCGCACUGUCAAAAACACGAAUCUGAGAGGAUGAACCUGUUCUCUGCGAACUGCAAAAGCGCCCUGAGCAAGUUGGUCAGCGCAAGCUAGGCAGCACCUCUGUUUUGAGUCAGGAUCUGGCAAAAGAACAUCUGACCUAGCAGCGACAGACUUGAACGAGGAAAAGAAAGAGAAGACACGAGGGAGUCACGCAGAGUACGGGAACGAUCGGACAACAACAACUUGGCCGAUAGAGCUUGUGGUUGAUUGGAUGUUUUCUGAAAAGUCACAGAGCGGGAUUUUCUGCGUAGGGCGUUUCCAUCCCCUGCGUUGUCUGUUUUGGCUAUAAAAGCCUGUACUCGGCAUCUGUGAUUCAAACACUGAAAUGAAGUCGAAAGGAAAGGAGGAGGAGAGCUCCGACUACAGUGAAGGUUCAAAGGGGAAAAUGACACUUUCGCUUGCGCUGGUAGCACUGCUGUCUGCAUUUGGAUCUUCUUUCCAGUAUGGCUACAACGUGUCUGUGAUCAAUUCUCCAGCCCCGUACAUGCAAGACUUUUACAACCGAACCUACUUCAACAGGAAUGGAGUGCCUAUGGACGGUGGCUUCCAGACGCUUCUCUGGUCUCUUACUGUGUCCAUGUACCCUCUGGGCGGCUUGUUUGGGUCCCUCAUGGUGUGGCCUCUGGUCAACAAUUGUGGCCGAAAGGGCACUUUGCUGAUAAAUAACCUUUUCUCCGUUGCUGCUGCCAUCCUUAUGGGAACCUCAGAGCUAGCAAAAACAUUUGAAGUAAUCAUCCUUUCACGUGUUAUCAUAGGAAUAUAUGCGGGUCUGGCUUCCAAUGUGGUUCCCAUGUUCCUUGGAGAAAUGUCCCCCAAAAAUCUGAGAGGUGCUAUCGGGGUAGUACCCCAGCUCUUCAUCACUCUCGGGAUCCUUGUAGCUCAGAUCCUUGGUCUCAACAGCAUCCUUGGGAAUGCCAAAGGCUGGCCCGUGCUGCUGGGGCUCACUGGGAUCCCAUCGCUAAUUCAGCUCCUUAUAUUGCCCUUUUUCCCUGAGAGUCCCAGAUACCUGCUGAUACAAAAGGGCAAUGAAGAGCAAGCACGACAAGCUCUGCGGAAGCUGAGAGGCUGGGAUGAUGUGGAUGAUGAGAUAGAAGAAAUGCGCCAAGAAGACCAGUCAGAAAAGGAAGAAGGACAUUUCUCCGUACUCAGCCUGUGCACUUUCAGAGGCUUGCGAUGGCAGCUCAUCUCUAUCGUUGUCAUGAUGAUGGGCCAGCAGCUCUCUGGGGUUAAUGCGGUCUUCUACUACGCAGACAGAAUCUUCCAGUCGGCAGGUGUGGACAACAACAAUGUUCAGUAUGUCACUGUGUCGAUAGGGGCCAUCAACGUCGUCAUGACUUUGAUUGCUGUUUUCAUCGUGGAGUCCCUGGGGAGGAGAAUCCUUCUCCUUGCUGGCUUUGGAUUGUGCUGUGUCUCCUGUGCAGUGUUAACUUUGGCCCUCAAUCUCCAGACCACAGUCUCAUGGAUGUCUUACCUCAGCAUAGUGUGUGUCAUUGUUUACAUCAUCGGCCAUGCUAUUGGAGCCAGUCCAAUUCCCUUUGUGAUGAUCACCGAGAUGUUCCUGCAGUCAUCCCGGCCUGCAGCAUUCAUGGUGGGUGGGUCUGUGCACUGGCUAUGCAACUUCACCGUGGGGCUUGUGUUCCUCUACAUGGAGGCUGGACUGGGGCCCUACAGCUUCCUCAUCUUCUGUGCCAUCUGCCUCGCCACUAUAGUUUACAUCUUCUUUAUUGUUCCUGAGACGAAGAACAAAACCUUCAUGGAAAUCAACAGGAUCAUGGCCAAGAGGAACAAGGUGGAGAUUCAGGAAGACAAAGAAGAGCUUAAGGAUUUCCACAUAGUCCCAGGCAGGCAGGCAGAGAAGAAAAUCUCCAGCAGCAAGCUGUGACCCAGUCCACUGUUUGGGCUGGCCCAGACGUUUUUCAGGAUCUGUUCAGUGGGAGAACAAAUAUAUGGAUUCAUCGUUUGAUACUGAUCUUCAUUCAGACCUUCUGCAAAUUUCCCACAGGAGGAGUUUCCAAAUAAGCCAUUGUGUCUUGAGAGUGUUCUCAUUUUGAGUAAUUAGCAGGACCAUUCUGCUUCAUGGCAUAGCCACUGCCAAGGCAAAUUACCCAUUCAUGGUAUUUGUCACAAGGAAAGGGCAAUGUCCUCAGCCAGCUCAGUUCCUGUGAUCAAGUGACCUAUGUCAUCAGGUGAUGUAUGUCCCUGGUGUCCUGACUGACACAUUUCGGGGUGACGCAAGUCAACACUUGGGCUGGGUUUUGGUCAGUUGUGUGCAAGGAGUGCACUGUCAUUCACGUAUUUGGGGGUCCAGCAUGAGUGAUGCCAGGCCUUUGGUCCUCUGGGGUGGAGAGACUGUCAGUCGUUCUGAGGUAGUUUGUUAGACGGGCUGAUAAUGGCAUUUACCCUGUCAACUCUUGUCCUUCCUUUGUGUGUUUCAAAGGACCGCUAGACUGGAAAUGCAUAUGACUAUAAUGUCACCCCUACCAUGCUCACCCAACUCUCCUUAAAAUCAAACCUAGUCCUCAGCUGUUGCUGGUGAGUCCUUCCAAAGCCUUAUUCUUGAGGUUAGGAGUCAUCCAUCUGGCUGAUGCUUAUUCACAACCAUUUCAUACCCAUUUGCUCCAGUGGCACUCUAGUCUUUGAGCUGUUUAGCUCAUUUCACUCCCUACUGUUUACACUUCAGUUGCCAAAGAGCAACAGUCCCUUUCUUAAUCCUUUAAUAACCCUCAUAUCCCUACUCUGUAUGCCUGAGCCAGUUGAAGCUCAUUUGUCCCCCCAGACAUACAUGGUAUUGAACUGAAACUUCUGAUGGUUCUUGACUGAAUGUGGAUUUUAUUCAAAUCCUUACAAAAAAAGCCUCUGCUCUCAGUGCCUUUGAAAAAGAUAAAGCCUUAAAUGAAUCUUUUUCAUCUCAAAUCAGAGACUUUUAUUCUGUUUCCAAUGUCCCCAAACUUUAAAAGAUGAAUUAACAUUCAUAAACCAGGUAGUAAUGUGAGUUGAGGGUAAGAACUUCCCUGCUGCAUUGCAGGAGUCAAAUUCAGGUUGAUUCCUGUGCAGUGGGCUACAGGUUGGAGCCUGUGUUUGCAAACAUGUCCAAACUUGUCUUUAGCUUCUUACAGUGAGUUGCUUAAAUUUAGUUUUUGAAAUAACUCAGCUCUCAGGUACUUGAAACCACUUGAAAAAGUCUUCAAAUGGUUUAGAGCUUGGUCUGUCUUCUGGUUUCUGGUUGUGUCCCCUAGGGGCACCAUUCCACCUGAAGGCUAAGUUGGUCUGGAAAAGCUCUGGGUCUAAGGACUAGUGCCAAUUCUCAGAAGAAACUAAAGUGCACACUGAUAAAAAUGGAGGGUUUCUUAAAGUAUGUAUUAGUUUACGGGGUUUUGGGGUUAAUUAUGGCAUAAUUUAACAUGGAGAAAUUAAAUUUAAUUAAUUGUUAUGCAGGGCUGCUGCCCUUGGUUUUGAAAAAAGCAUAAUUGUUGAAAA